UAGCUGCCUUUGCCGGAGCCGUCUGCUGAGGAGUAUGGUGUUGUGUACUCGUUGAAUGCAGUUGAAUGACGUCCCUCUCUCCUAACCUCGAAUGUAUGCGAUUUCAACAAAAAUUUUACAGUUGAAAAAACUUUGUCGUAUUUGAUUAAAUCAAACGGAAAGAUUACGUCGCGGGAAAUUUGGUUCCUUUCGAAAUGGGGGACUCAGACGAAGAGAAUUAUGCGACGUUCGGCGUUCCUCUUGACCCCUUGGACGAAGAGAACAUCCCACGAAAGAAGCCCGUUACGAUUGAGGAUCAGUAUGCCUAUGACGCCCAAGGUAGACGUAGGUUUCACGGGGCAUUUACAGGUGGUUUCUCAGCGGGAUACUUCAACACUGUCGGCACUCGCGAUGGCUGGAGACCGCAGCAGUUCAAGUCUUCUAGGAGCAGUAAGGCGGACAAUAUCGUUCAACGACCAGAAGAUUUCAUGGAUGAAGAAGACACGAGUCUCUUUGGGAUUGCUCCCAAAGGCAUUCGUGCCACCAGCGAUUAUGCUGAUCAUGGACAGAGAGGGAAGAAGAGGGAGAGAAUAAGUCAGGAAGGGCCUAUCCCUGGUACUCCCAUUUUAAAGGAGCUUCUAAAACCUGUCAAAGAAACAGUUGGUAUCGUCCUACUUAAGAAAAUGGGCUGGAAACCUGGCCAAGGUGUGGGUUCUCGACUGACAAAGAAAGAAAAGCAGAAGAUAAAGAAACGUAAUGAAAAAUUAAAAUUGAUGCAGGACAAUUCUGAAACAGUAGAGAGCAGUUCUGAGAGUUCUGAUAAUGACUCUACCGAUAUUACUUUUGCACCUGACGAUUACGAGCCAUUUCGAUGCAAGCCAAAGGAUAAUUAUUUUGGCAUUGGUUAUUCGGGUCUAGAUAGGCGGAAAGUUCUUUCUGGUCACAUCAAUCUUUUUGACACACCAGCAUUUUGUGUUCAAGAUAAAAACAAGAAAUUGUCGAUUCGCGGUCAGGCAUUCGGUGUUGGUGCUUUUGAAGCUGACGAUGAGGAUAUAUACGAGAAAGAAGAUAUGUCGCAUUACGACUUCGCUCUAGGUCCCGAACGUAAGACGAAAACGAGGUGGUCCCAGGAUGGUCCCAGUAGUUCGCAAACCGAUUGCGUGGAGGGUUUUAUUCGCGCAAAGGAGAGACUAGAGAGCAAGAAAGUCUUCAAAUGUCCUGAAUUACCGAAGAAUUUUGCGCCGGUGCACGCUGUUAGGAAAAGUAGAUUUUAUCCGCCGAUUGCAACCCCAGUAGAAAGUAGUAAACGCAGGGAACCAUUGAAUGCCACAGACAGGGCGCGGAUUCUAGAAGACUCUGACGAACGUUCGAAGAAGCUACAGGCGCCGUCGAGCACAUCCGUUGCCUGUAAUAUUAUUUCAAAAACAUUAAAUUUACAUGGUAAGCAACAAAUAGAGGAAAGAAAAAAAUUGGAAAGUCAGCAGAAGGCGAAGAGUAACUCUUGGCUGGAUAAAUUAAACGUGACAAACUUUGUCAAGGGCAGCAUUGUCGGCCUUGAACAGGACACGGGCUGCUUAAAGAAGCUUGAAGAUUUUAAAAAAUCUUUGUCAGCAUCUGAGCAAUCGAGCUUGAAUAAAUCAGUGGAAAAUGAUGCCUCAAAUAGGAGCGAAACGAAAAAAUUGUUCCUAUCUGAUCCGGACAAACAGAAACGAUUUGAACAGUAUCUUAUUUUCUCAAAGAACGACGAAAGAGACAAGUUUGAAAGUAUUCAACCACUUUCUAUGACUGAGUGGGAAAGAGAGCAAGAACGCGUGGAAUUCGAGCAAGCGGCAAAACUGAAACAGUCGAAUAAUUAUAUGGCAGACAAGUUUGUACAUAGCGCCGAUCAUACGACGGACCAAACGGAUCCGGAAAAGGAUGUGAAGGAAGCAGUAAGAUUGAAAAUGUUUGGCAAACUUACGCGACAUCGGAGCGAAUGGAAGCCAACGAGUAUCGUUUGCAAGAGAUUCAAUAUUCCUGAACCGAAAACCGGAUGUGCGCCGAUCGCAACAGACCGGAAAUUAGCAAGAUUCUCGGUCUUUGAUUCUUUGGACUGGUGCAGUUCAUCGAAAUUCACAAAAGCUACGGAUACAGUUCCGAAACAAAUGGAAGAAGUUCCUCAACCAUUGAGAAAAAUGGAGGAAAAUAUAAACGAAGUAAUUCACAACACUAAUUCUAAUAAUGUUCCUUCUAACAUCUAUCAACCUUCAGAGCCUAUCUCUGAGAAGUUUAAAAUUUUUGAAGCUUCUUACGAGAAAGUUUUUGGUAAGGGUAUUCAAAGUAUCCCUUCCACAACGCCGAAAGACGUGAAACAAAACGUAGGAGAUGAGUUAGAGGAUAAAACCGUUCAGAAAGCGAAAGAGAAAGAAGAAACUUCUGGAUUGACGUCUGUGCUUAAAGAUCAAUCAGAAGAGAAAAAGGAUCUAUUUAAAGCAAUUUUCCUCAGUAGCAGCGAAGAUUCCGAUAGCGACACGGAAGACAACGUUGACAACGAGGCUGUCAAAUCGAUUUUGAUUGGAAAAGAUCCAAAGGAGAUAAAUGUGCAACGUAACACAUCGCCACCACGAGGUAUUUUCGCGAAAUUGGAUCUUGAUAAUUUGGUGACGCAACCAAAACGCGUUAAUGAUGAAAAUGCGACGUCUAAAAUAUCGAAAACCAGUUUGCCAAUUACUGGUGAAUCGCAGAACGAUCUUACGGAUCGUAACAAUGUAAUUAAAGAUUUAGAAACUACAGUAAUACCGGAUAUGUAUGGCCCGGUUUUGCCACAGAGAUUAUUGAAACAAGAUAACAUCGCAACGACGACAGAAGACACGACUAGUAACACCAAUCAAUUACUGAAACCAGUAUUUCGAAGCGUCGUGGUGUCGAAAACUACGGAGGAUUCGAAACUCGGUGGAAAAUGGGUGGAACGAGACAAGGUGAAAAAAUCAAAGAAGAAGCACAAGCAUAAGGGGCAUAAGAGUCCAAAGCACAAAAAGAAGUCUAAGAAAGAGAAACGUUUGAAACAUUGAUUUUUGUUCAUUUUAUCUUUCAUUGAUUCGAGUGAUAUAAAUGGUAAAUUGAUUCACAAUCAUGUGGCAAAAAUAUCUGUCACGCGACAUAAUUAUAUGUACAUACAUGAAAUGUUUGAGAUGCUUUAUACUCAACUAUUUCAUAAUAUAUUAUUUUAUUAAUUAUUAUUGUUUAUGCACUGGUUUCACAAUGCAUAUAUGUAUGUACAUCUGUAACAUAGGCUGAAAAUAUAUGAUAUUUGAAUUUGAACUGUGAUCUGAUGCAAGGUAUUUAAAAACGACUACGAUCGGUAAAACAAUAAAACUUUAUACAUUAUAUUUUCCAAUGAUUGUACAUUGUACAAAGGAUAUGUAUAUUUUACACACUCAUGUUCAUGCACGAGCCAUUUUUCGUCUGUGAAAAAUUUUCUUAAAUUGGAUGUAUUAAACGGGGACUACUUGUUCUCAAUAUUAUAGACAUCAUGACGUUACAAAUAUCAUGGUUUAAAGAUUCAAGUAAAUCGAUUGGACGCUAUUGAC